AUGCUGUCUAACAAACAGGGUAACCAGCCCCAAACUUAUAGACAUGCCUUCUCUGUAUCCAAGCAGUCUAACAAACAGGGUAACCAGCCCCAAACUUAUAGACAUGCCUUCUCUGUAUCCAAACAGUCUAACAAACAGGGUAACCAGCCCCAAACUUAUAGACAUGCCUUCACUGUAUCUAAGCAGUCUAACAAACAGGGUAACCAGCCCCAAACUCAUAGACAUACUAUCUCUGUAUCCAUGCAGUCUAACAAACCGGGUAACCAGCCCCAAAUUCAUAGACCUGCCGAAUUCUCAUUGUAUCCUGAAAAGAAAGAAAAUCAUAAGAGAAUCACCGUGGCCAGAUGUGAAGGUCAAUAUAUCGACUACAUCACUAAGAGCCCUGGCAUACUUUUUGACCCUGUCGGUACACUUAGAAUCGUAAAUGAUGAAUUCCAUAUCGUCGUCCCUGUUGAUGUAUCCCCGCUCGAAAAACAUAUAGAAAAUAUUCAUGACGUAUUUAACAUCAUUCGGUCUAUUCGGUAUAAUGUAAUGUCGUGA